GCCAGCCCCCUUUCCUUCUAAGGCCAGGCCAGUUAGCGCCGGGGGCUGAAACUGCAUCAGGUUUAGGGUUUAACGCGUCUCCUCUGUUCCUAUUGUCAUUCUUUGCCACCGAAUUGUGCUCAUCAGUAUCUUUUGGUUUCAGUUUGGUCGAACUAUACUCAGCAUGUCCCGCUCUGUGAAACAACCGAUUGGGCAAAAGCGGCUAACCAACGUCGCUAUUGUACGAGUUCGCAAGCAUGGCCUUCGUUUCGAAAUUGCGUGCUUUAAGAACAAAGUUCUAUCCUGGAGAUCCCAUGUGGAGAAGGACAUAGACGAAGUCUUACAGACUCAUACGGUGUUCUCAAACGUGUCUAAAGGAGUUCUAGCAAAAUCUAAAGAUCUAAUUCAAGUAUUCGGCACCGACGACGAAGACAAGGUUUGCUUGGAGAUUUUAGAGAAAGGAGAAUUGCAGGUGGCCGAUAGAGAGAGAGAGUCACAGUUAUCGAAUCAAUUUCGUGAUAUUGCAACGAUUGUGAUGGCUAAAACUGUGAACCCAGAUACUGAGCGACCAUACACUAUAACAAUGAUUGAGAGGCUCAUGCGGGAAGUUCACUUUGCUAUUGAUCCGCAUAGAAACUCCAAACAGCAGGCGCUUGAAUUGAUAAGGGAGUUACAGAAGAAAUACCCGAUCACCAGGGCUCGCAUGAAGCUGCGAUUUGUGGUACCUAUCAAUCAGAUUGAGUCACUUACCACAGCGCUCUCAUCUUGGAACGCGCAGAUCGAAGGCAAAGAAGAGACGACUACCAACACUUCUUUGGUCUGCAAGAUAGAUCCAGGUCACUUUCGUGAGUGUGACACUCUCGUGAGGGAGUUGCAAGGUACUCUUGAGGUUGUGUCUAUGGCUGUUCAAGGGGAAGGGGAAAGUAAUAUAGAUGACUUCAAUGAUGAUGACGAGUACAAUGCAGUACACGUUUCUCAUGUUGUUGAGGAUGAGAAUCACUUAGCUCAACGACUGAGGGACUCAGCUUCAUUGUCCAAGUCAUCUGGGCAAGGUAGCGGGACCACGUCCGAUGCUGCUGAGGUGAGGGGAGUACGUACGAAUGUCAUUGCCUCCACGGCAUCUGGAGGGUCCGCACCUGCCGACAGUAGCGUUAAGCAGCAAGUAUGCAAGACUUGUAAUAGAGAAGUGGGAGACGUUAAGCAGUAUCGUGAACACUUCAAAAGCGAUUGGCAUAAACAUAAUCUGAAAAGAAAGAUUACCGGCUUGCCUCCACUAUCUGCGGAGGAGUGUUUAGCUGAUACAGAUAUUGACUACGGCAUUAAUGAUAGGGAUGAAUAUAGUCGUUAGUUUAUGUACUAUGUAGAUUUGUUUCGUGAGAUGGACUUUGAUUUUAGGCUUUAUGAGCAAUAGUGUUGUUUUUACCUCUCUUAUGUUUAGGUUCAUGUCAUGUGGUAUUCUACAUAAUUCACAAUCACAGCAGAGAAUCUGAAGGUUAUUUUUUUGGCAUAACUUAUUAUCCGUGCUUAAGGUUUGCUUGAAUUAUCUAAUGAGAUGCUCCAAUGUUUUUGUAAAUAUAAUUUCAGUUAAA